CCGCUUGCUCAGUCCCGGCAGCUGAGCUGUAGAGGAGCGGAGCUGAGGGGCAGAAGGAGCCGGAGUCUCCCGCACAGUGCACCCGCCUGUCCCCUCUCAUCUUCCCCGGAGACUGAAGAACUUGCUCGGACGGAGAAGCCCUCAGCGGGCGGCGGUAACUUCUCCAGCCGGGCUCGUCAUGGCUUCGUCCUUGGUGGGCAGCCGGGCGGUGUAGAGGCGCUGGAGGGGCCGGGGGAUGUGCAGGAGCCGUCCCUGAGCGCUGCGGACAGCUCGGCUCUCCCUCCAUUCCCGCCUGUGGUUCCCGUUCAUGCUCUGCGCUCUGUACGCUGCAACCGGCUGAGCCUGGACACAGUAUGGCGGGGAAAGCGGCUGCCCCGGGCACCGGGAUCCUGCUGGUCACGGCCAACGUCGGGACUCUGUUCGAUGAUACAGAAAACCUUCAGAAAAAUUGGCUACGAGAAUUCUAUCAGACUGUACACGCACAGAAGCCUCAGUUUUUAUCAUUGCACUGUCAAGAGGUUGGCGGGAAGAAUUAUGAAGCUUCUAUGGCUCAUGUUGACAAGUUGGUCAAAGACCUGCUUUCAAGUGAUGCUAUGAAAGAAUACAACAGAGCCCGAGUGUACUUAGACGAAAACUACAAGUCACAGGAAAACUUCACGGCUCUCGGAAGCUUUUACUUUCUUCAUGAGUCUUUGAAGAACGUGUAUCAAUAUGACUUUAAAGCAAAAAAGUACAGAAAAGUCACAGGCAAAGAGAUCUACUCAGACACAUUAGAAAGCACUCCAAUGCUGGAGAAAGAGAAAUUCCCUCAAGAGUUUUUCCCAGAGAGCAAAUCAUCUAGAAAAGGCUUUAUUCGGACGCGAUGGUGUAUUACUGACUGUGCCUUUGACUUGGUGAACAUUCACCUUUUCCAUGAUGCUUCCAAUUUAAUUGCAUGGGAAUCCAGCCCAUCCAGCUACUCAGGGAUACGGCAGAAGGCUCUAAGUUAUGUUUUAAAUAGUAUUACAGAUCAUCGAUUUGAGAAAGUUCCCUACUUUGUCUUUGGAGAUUUUAAUUUUCGACUGGAUUUAAAAUCUGUGGUAGAGACACUUUGUGCAAAAACUACAAUGCAGACUGUGCAGGAAACAGACAGCAGCACAGUAGACAAGUUGAUAUUCCGGGAAUCUGAGAAUGAUCGCAAGGUUGUGCUACAAAUAGAAAAGAAAUUAUUUGAUUAUUUUAAUCAAGAAGUUUUUAGAGAUAACAAUGGCACUGCGCUUUUAGAAUUUGACAAGGAGUUAUCAGUGUUUAAAGACAGGUUGUUUGAACUGGACAUCACCUUUCCUCCAAGUUAUCCAUACAGUGAAGACAGCAGUCAAGGGAAGCAAUACAUGAAUACACGAUGUCCAGCUUGGUGCGAUCGAAUACUAAUGUCACACUCUGCUAAAGAACUUCUUUUAAAGUCUGAAAAUGAUGAAAGGAUAGUGAUUUAUGACAGCAUUGGGCCGAAUAUCUGCAUGGGGGACCAUAAGCCUGUCUUCCUGUCCUUCCGAAUAGCUGCAGGGGCAGGUAAAGCUAAUGCACAUGUGCACAAGUGUUGUAUCGUGCAGUGAUGUGGUGGGAAAAGAUGCCAACAAAAUGAAAAGAUCUACAGAGAGACCACUCUGUGAGGAUGUCCACCUCCCGUAUAGCAGACUCCUCGACCAUUGAGCUGUGUGGUCCUCACAGCUACAUUUGUACAUUAUGGAUCAUCUACUAGGCUUCAUCUUCCCAACAAGGCUCACAUACCUCACUUUCUUGUACGGUUAUGUAACAUCCAGUAGAAACAUGUAUAUAUUAUAUAAAUAUAAAUUUUUUUUUUUACAUCACUGUUCUGUUGCCAAAACGCUAGCAGACAAUACAUAUUUGACAAUCUCCUCCUCGUGAAAUGGAAGCUGAGCUCGUGCAUGCACGUUCACUUUGUGGAGGUCAAUCAACCUCUCCAGUCAUCGGCAACAGAGAGCGGUGCAGUGCUGGCAACUUCAGUAUUAUAGGGGAUUAACCCUUUCUUGCUGGAUGGAUCCCAUGUCAUUUCCUGUUUUUGCCCACUUUAUGCCAGUGGAACAUUGCAAGCGGCGUGUAUCACCUAUCACCAUUUCCCGCUUGCAUUUCUAAAGACUGAAACUCUAACAAAGGCUUGAAGUUUGCCUAGGGGAGCAUGGGGAAUUUUUACUAGGCGUCAUCAAGAUAUUGAUGGUUUUAAAUAUGUUUUCAUUGUCGACCGUGGCCUGUGUGCCUAAUGUUAGGCUAGCUAGGGGUGUAGCCACUAAAGUGCAAUAAUCAUAAAGUGACCAUUCAAAUCAAUAGCCAUUACCAAAUGUCAAUAGCGUCACACUUGAGAUCUAAAACCCCCAUUUCCACCUCCCCCUUCAUUUUACUGUUUUUAGAAAGAGGUUUCCAAUUUCCAUGUUAUUUACUACACUGCCAUGUAACAUGGUUUGUUUUUUCAAGUCACACAGCAGCUGCUUUUCAUUUUUAUAUAUUUAGUAUAAAAAUAUAAAAAAUAUAUAUAUACUUUUUAAAAUAAUUUAUAAAUCUUAACAAAACCUAUGCUAAGUAUUCUUUCCAGUACUGGCGCGUGUGCCAUAUCAGUAACGAACAUUCAGGAGUAGCAGUUUUAGAUAUCUUAUAUAUAAAUAUAUAUGUACAUCAGCAACCAAAAUUUUUAUGUAACCUUUUUGUGUCGUCCUCCUUGAUACGAAAAUAAAACACCAUAGUCGAUACAAUAGGCAUAUACAGUAGCAGUUUUCACUUUAUUACUCUUGUAAUAAAUUAUUUGUAUGUGAUAUUAAGGACUGAAUGUGAAGUUUCUAGCUAGAUUUGGGUGUAUCUUUUAAAGGUUUUGUAAAACUUUUUUUUUUUUUUGUCUUUUGUUACUGUAUCAUGGUGCCAAUUACACUCUAUACACAGUGAUGAAAUGGGAGACCCAUCAUGUAGAGUUUCUAGAAUAGCUUAGUUAAGGUAGAAUCAAGUUUUUAGAAUUUUUUUUUUAUUUUAAGAACAAAAAAUUCACUGUUGGCCCCUACCCCAGACUACAUCAGUUAAAGGUGAUUUAGAGAGUGUCUACUUUUUAAUUGUAUUCAGAACACUACAGACUUUUAAGGACUAUGUGAUUGCAUUAGAUUAAAGCUCGAUAUAUAUAUUUUUGGUAUAAAUCACUACUAUUUGGAAAUGAUGUUAUGUCCUCUGGCAGAAUCUGUCUUCCCAGAUGCACAUUUGUUAGUGUGUACACAGAUGGAGGCUGUAUUUUGUUAACGUGCCAUGUUCGUUGUAAUAUCACAAAAAGUGUGUUCUUGCAAAUGAAAAAUUCCACUUAUAGAUGUGUGAAUUGCCUUUAACAACAUGGGCAAAUCUGGUUCUCACCUUUAAGCAAUAAACUGUUUAUUGUGGCA